CUCAUUUUUAGAAAUUCAGAUUCAUUAUUUUGUUGUUAUCUUUGACUUUUGCCACCCGAAGCAGAAUCUUUAAAAUUACCUGGAAACGAUAGAGAGGAGAGAGAAACAGCGCGGAGCCUGAACGCCAUAAGAUCAAUGGUAUCCAGGCUGCAACAUUUAUCUUCGGGAUGUUUCUAUUUUCUCAAAAGCCAAUAAGAAUGCCCCUUCUUAUUCUCAACCAAUCAGUUGACAAAUCUGAACGCAGAUAGUAAAUAAUUUUAACCUCAUGGACUGCGUACAAAGAGAUUUUGUUUUCUUUACGUGUGGCCAGAACGUUCCGUGGCCAAAUCACUUUUGCUAGUUAGUGAGCUAGUCACUGUGAAACUUAUGUCGUAUUAUGUAAGAAUUAUUUUAUUUUCGUUAGCUAGCUUCAGCUGGAUAAAAGUGAGAAAAUUAUUCUUGUUUGGCUAGCUAACAUCUUUAUGCUAACUUAUGAAUAUGAUAAAAUUGGAGAGGCAGUCUUUAAUUAUGACGUCAGAAAUUUUAUGAAACCGUCCCACUGUUGUGAAUAGCUUGAAAUGCUGAUUAUAGGAUCAUAUGCUUUUGAUAAAUGGUAACAAAGAUUUGUGGUUUAAAGGUUUUAAACGGUGUCGGUCCUGAAUAAGGAAAUAGUCCUAGAUUUGGGGAAUUGUGGUCCCUGAGUGAAUUACGGUCACAGUUUUGUAUCUCAAAUUUUCAGCCUCCUGAUUGGCUAGAGAUGCCGUACGGGUUGUGGUGUACGUAACGUCCGUGAAAGUAAAAAGGCAAACAAAGAUGGCAGAAAAGAUGUAGCGUAGCUGCAAAAUUCCACUGGCAUCAGGCACAAAAAACGCGAAGUAAGCCGUCUAUAGCUAACACACCUGAAGAUAGGAAUGUCAAGAUCUUCCUGCUUCACUGCCCAUGCCUCACUACCGUACAACAUAACACUUCUUACACAGGGCAAUGUCUAACAUCAAGCACCAGCAGGUAUGUGUGAAUAUGCAGUUUGUGAUGGAAUUUAUUCAUUACAACCCGAUUGUAAGAAAAACAACCAAUUAAAACGUUAUGAUGGAAGAACAGCAAAAUAGCAUAUUAUAAACAUGAAAGUCGUUUUUGUUCUAUGGUAAUAGUUGUUGUGAUUGUUAUAAAUAAAUAUAUAUAAAAAUGAGUAAACUUUGAAAAACCAGAAAGAGACGAUUGCUGUAAUAAUAUCUCCUAUAUAAUUUGAAAAAAGUCCGUCUGGGUGUGAGGCAAGGUAAAUUAUAUUUUCUACAAUUUUCUUUGCCUAAAGAAACAUCUUCUAAAACUAUGUUCUGUAUUUUGAAACUUUAAUUGUCUAAAACAAAUCACAUGAUAAAAUGAAAUAAUUUCAUUAGCUGGGAAUUUUGGCAGUUUUACCCUAAUUUAAAUUUGCUAAAGGUUUUUUAAAAUGGACUCUUAUUAUACGAAGCGUUUGAAUGACGUUUUUAUUUGUCGAAUAUCCCAAAUAGAAAUUACUAUCUGCAAGGAAUCUUUUUACUCCUUGAUGGUUACUCAUGUUUAUAAUCAAAUAUUGGUAGAGCUUAGAGAUAUUUUAUAAUUUUGUUGUUUUGUACAACCCAUACUCAAUUUAUUUUGUUUUGUAAUUAUCUAAAAAAUAGAAAGUAACGAGCUGUGACUAUUGAAGACUGUUUACUUUUUGUUCUCAUUUUCUUGUAAUUUGAGUUAUUGUCGUGAGUUUUGUGAAAAAUAAUACCUUAAAAUUUUGUUUUAUGGUAAAGAAAUAUUGUACACGAAUUCGUUUUUUUAUUCUUAACACCAGCAGGUUUAAUGUAGUUAUAUUUCCGUUUAUUAAUUCGACCUGUUAUCCCCUUUCACAGAUAUAGUUAUUUUUUUAAUUUCAUAGUUAGUAAGUUAAGUAUGGACGCCAUAAGUACGGAUGAAGUAGAAUAUGAUGCAAUGCUGACAUCAUUAGAAGAAGUUCCAGAGGUGUUAGUUGAAGACAUGGAGGUUGCUUCCAAUGUUAUUAUUGACAGUGGUUUAGAAGAUACUAAUUUCAGUAUCACGUCAACAGAUCUUGCCAACUCGUGUAGGUGAUUAAUAUACUGUCAACUCCCGAAACUCUAAACAACUCGAAAUUUUAUGACCUCCAACACUAGCGUCGUUAUCAUGAGUAUUCCUUAAAGAUAAUACUUACCCGUUAACUCUGACCUCGGGUACCUUGCAAACCGCUCUUAAGCCUACUCUUAGUUAUAAUGUUCAGUAAAUCGAACUGUUCACUGAGGAAAGUAAAAUUUACUAAAACGACGAAAAGAAAUUAUUGUAAACAUUUUAAGUGUUAACUUUCCGGGUGGAUAUAAUGUAUUACAUACUUACGCAAAGUUAGUACGCUUUAAGAUUAUCAUGCUAAACUGUAUCAAAAAUGCAUUACCAUACAUAAAAUUGAAGCAUGUUCCACUCGACAGUAAAAAGAUUAGAGUUAGAGGGAGUUGACUGUAGUUUACAUUUUCUUCAAAGGAAGCAAUAUAUAUAUAAAUAUUUUUCAUAUUUUCCCACUUCAUAUCUUGCGACUAAAAGGUGGCAGAUUUAAGAAUGUUGAUACAUAUUGUCAGUAAUGUUAACCCAUCGUUCACUACUUUACGUACACUAAUUUGUUCAACACUCCAACCUCAAAUUGUCAAAUAUCGUUCCAAGUCAACAUUUUCACAAAGCAUACGGAGAUGUCUCCUUCAGCAAUAUCCCUCUGUGAUUUCUCUGAACGAUCAGUUUUCUAUUAUUUCAUCUUUAUCAAACCACCAUCGGUGGGACUGGCCUGCUAGUUCCUCACAAUUGAAGUAUGAACAACGGUUUUCCACAUCUAUGAAGUACUAUCCCGGGUCACCAAGAAACCGGAUCAUACAAGCAUGGUGUUACAGAAAUAACCCAGGAAAUAUAAUUGACGCGUGCCUGAACAAUUUGUUCGGUUCCAAAUGCGAAAUUCCGUAUUCAAAAAAGAGGUCUGGAGAACCUUAUCGGAAACGAUAUCCUGUUGCAGUAAGGUCAAAACAAGCGGCAACUAUAACACCAGCCAUUUAUCCAAACUUGGCAGAUGAUUACGGAACAAAUCUUUAUAAAUAUUUCUGUGGUGAAUUAUUCCGUCAUAACCGUCUUCACUGGAGAUUAAGAAACGAAAAUAAACAAGUUGUUGCUAUGGGUGGUUACAACAGCUACAGUGGAGACUUUAUGGUAACCUUUUCUUUCUCUUAACGUUCAAAUUAAUUUCAAUUUGUUUAAAUUUAGCUGUUUUCAACUCUCUAUGUAAUCGCUAUGUACAUUUUUUCAGCUUCUUGCAAUCAUUACAUAACAAUAUACGCCAGACAUAGACGGACGGUAACAACAGACACGGUUACGAGCUAUUAAUUUUUUUCCAACUUUUAUUUAUACUGAUUUUUUGCCUUAAAAUGUUCUCCAUCUAUAAAUAACAUUUUAAUGUCCGUUAUAUUUCUCGAAUUUUUAGAAUUAUGAAUACGUUCAUGUUACUGCGGUAAAAACGGAGACGACACCGAUAAUUACAUGCCAAUGUAAAAUCUUUAGAACGUUGCAAGCCUCAAUCGAUGUUGAUCAUGGAAAUUAUGCAAAUGCGAGAGAGAGGGUCACGUGUUGCCAUUGUCGCUUAAUGAAGAAAUUAUUGAUAUUUGUAGAUUUUGACGGUUUAAACGAAUCAGCGAUUAUUCCAGAACAUAUUAACAAACAGGUGUGUUUUGUUAUAUUCAUUUGUAACUACAUUUGUAAGAAAUACCGGACAAAUUAUUGGGUAGCAUAAGGGGUCAAAUUUUGAAAAUAAUCUCCUUAAUUAACUAUAUGUGUUGUGUCAAUAAGAAACUCUGACAGAAAGGGUUGUUAUAAAUCUGUGUAAGUCUGUUUUAAUUUUUUUUAUUUUAAAUCUUAGAUUGCUCUGGAAGCUCUUGAAUGUACGAACGAUCAAGUCAUUUCACUUCCUGCCAAAACCGGCGUUAAACGUUUUUCUAUUGUUGCAGAUCAAGUUGAAUUUGUUACAGUGUGUAAUGUUGAUAAGACUCACAAACAAAUCGCAACAUGUCACUCAACUCAAUGUCGUUUAUCAAAGAACCAAUCAACAAAACGAAAUGUAAGAAAUUUAACUGAUUGUUCAUCACUUUGUCAACAUCUUAAAUUGCUAAAAGAAAGUUUUGACGAAGUGCCAACGAGGAUGGAGAUGGAUAUCGAGGUUGAUUAUGGUAACUAUGGUGAUAGCAGUGAUGAAGAUGAUACUUUACCCUCUGAAAAGUGGGAAGAUAUAUUUGAUGUUGCAUGUGGGUUAUGGACCUUUGUCAAGAAUUGUCCUUCUACUCAAAUUGUUGAUUCCAAUCCAGAUUCAAACAACUUAAGUAUACAAUUCUAUCAACGAAGUAGAAUAGAUAUUAAAGAACCAGAAACUUUCCCAUUGUUCGUUCCUAGUGCUAAUGGAACGUGUACUUGCCAGGCCGGAUGGACGUCUGACGAAAAUCCAGAUGGUCUAUUGGAAGAAGUCGGAAAGACUACGCUGUUUUUAAGCUUAGGCGCCGUAGAAGCAAAAGUCUGGAAAAGAAAAUGUCUUCAAGGUACAUGCAUAAGAUCAUGGGCUGGAGAGGAUGAGUGUAUAUUCAGGCUUUCCGCUCACACGUGUGCCGGAUAUGAAAUUGGUUGGAUGUUUGUUGAUGCUGUAAAUAGCGGAAAACAAACAUUUUCAGGAUUUACCAUGUGCAUGAAUAAAACGUACAAGCGCCUGUUUCCGACAGGCAAAUCUUUUAUGUCCAGUCGAACUUUUAUUGCGUGGUGGUUUGCAUGGGCAUCGCAUAUGAAAAUCGACUUUCGUAUGUCCUGCUCUUGGUGCGGCGGAAAAUGCAGUUCACUUGCUUGUGAUGGAACGAAAAUUGGAUUAAAUUUUAAACAAGCAUUUGUUUCACCCAUUGAACGCUCCAACGAAUCUGAAAUUUUGAAAACGAAACUGAGACGAUUGGAUCGGUGCUUUAUUCCCACAUCCAUGAACAACACCGCAGCAUUUUGCAAAUUGGCGCGAGACACUUUUCAACAAAUGUGUCGAUUUAUAAUUGAUGGGGAUUAUAACCAGAUUUCGUCACUUAUGUUCAAAGAAUAUGUGCAGUUACUUGAUGAUCGAGUUGUACCUUUAUUUCUCGCGUUUUUAACAUACAACAGGAAGGUAUAGAUCGAAACGAACAACUGGCCGCCGCCAAGUUGUUAUCGAUGCUGUUUACUGAUUGUUCCGUUGAUGUCAUAUGUCCUAUCGCUUUAGCAGAAAAGCUGAACAGUUUUUUUAGCACUAGCAGUAUGGACACUUUGGCGUUUGCCGAAGAUGUUAAGACAUAUUGUCCUGAGAUGGCAUGGUUAAUGAUACAAUCAUUCCUCGUUCAUAAUGGGACGAUUCCCGAGGACACGCUUAGCUUUUUCGUACACGUAUGCGAGCGUGUAAAAUCUAUACAUUCUUUUAAUACUCCACCUGCACCAACUCAGAAAUUAGAAGGUACUUAUAACCCGGCGAAGUACGGUCGAGCGUACUACUUUACUGAGAAUGGAGAGCAAAUAAGAAAAAUGCGAAAUUUUUCCAUGGAUAAAAGGGAAAUAAAAGACACCGCAAAUGAUGACACCCCAGAUGUUAGAUGUCGGAAGGUGUACCCGGACGUGUCAAAAAAGGGACAACAUAUCUUUUUUUGUGGUUUUGUCCUUAUCAUGGUCACUGUCUUGGGUUUCACAUUAUAACAGGAAGUGAAGGAAGAAAGGACGCACUGGCAUCAUUGUAUACCCAUUUGGAAAAAGGGCCCGAAACCAUUUUUUACGAUUUUGCUUGUGGCUUAAGCGAGUACGCCAAAAAUCGAGAAUAUUUUCAAGACACGCGUUUUUUUCAUGACGUGUUCCACGGAUUCAGCCAUAAAUGCUCUCAAGCCUACAACAGUAGCAGGUUAAGUGGAAUGAACUCACCGAACAAAAGUAUCUGUGAACAAUUUAACAGCUUUCUGCAAAGAAUUAAAGCCUCGGCAAAAUUAAUGGGACAAGCGCAUUUUACGUUUUACGUUCAAUUCUUCAUACACCAGUGGAACAUUAAAGUUUUUAAUAGUAGCCGGACUAGAAUGAAGAUUGGUUACUACGGUGCGUUUGAGUAGACACUGACUAAGAAGAUUGUGCAAAACGAUAUAAAGUAACAUUAUCAGGUUACAAAAGUGCUAAGCCUAAAAUCUAUUAUUAAAUAUGGUGCGUGAUUUUAUAUAGAAGCCUGAAUAUUUACAAAAGUAAAAAAUAUCCACGUAUAUUAUAAUACAAUUACUGUACUGGA